AUGCGUUGCAACAUUAGACGGAUAUUCACGCUCGCCUUUGUCGCCUUUGGCGCAACGCUCGUUCUUCUUUCAUUACCUCGUGACAACUUUGGACGAGAAUGGGAUGAGGCUCCACGAUCCAUUGAGCUACUGCAAUACGGUGGAAAAUCGCCGGCUGAGAAUGCACUACAUUCGGCCCGGGUUGGACCCCAAAUGUCAUUCCAGAAGCAACCAAAUCCUCCUAGUCUAGUUGGAAAGGAUACUAGUGAAGAUCCAUUUGACUUUCCGUCGCAUGUCAAUCGGGUGCUGUUAAACAAACUGUAUAGAUUCAUCAAAGGCAGGGAUCUUGGUGCGUUGACAGCUAAGGAGUGCCAUGAAAACACCACUCUAGCUAAAUACUGGUUAAAAACAAAGCAAAAAUCUGUUCCAACCCGUGAUUCAUGGGAAAAAUUCUACGCAGAAAUUGGUAGCUGUAGUGUAUACAAUGACGAUCGACUAGUUGAUGAUCUACUUACGGACUUAAAUCAAGCUGUAAUUAAGGCGGUACAUAUCAUGGACGGUGGAACACAGGCGAAGCUGGUCUUCACAUUUGAGAACGACAAGCAAGCUGUUUUUAAGCCUAUGAGAUUCGGUCGCGAUUAUGAAUCGGAUCCGAAUCACUUCUACUUCAGUGAUUUUGAACGUCAUAAUGCCGAAAUCGCCACUUUUCAUCUAGACAGAGUGCUUGGAUUCCGACGUGCUGUUCCGACGGUGGGGAGAAUCGUGAACAUGACAUCUGAACUUUUCGACAAGGCUGAGAAAAAGCUGAAGAAAACGUUUUUCGUCUCGCCCGCGAAAAAUCAUUGUUUCGUGUCAAGAUGCGAUUACUACUGUGAUACGACGCAUGCGAUUUGUGGUUUACCGGAUCUGAAGGAGGGGUCGGUGCAAGUGUUUCUACCUGACGAAGGUGUGGUGCCUCGCCGGCACAACCGGAGCCCGUAUCGAAGGACCUAUUCGAAGAAGAAUCAGGUCGCUGAAUGGCAGGCAGACAUGAACUAUUGCACGGAUAAGGUGAAAGUAAAACGUCAAUAUGCACAUGGACGAAAAUUACUCGAUCUUGUUGAUCUUCACGUUCUCGACUACCUUAUA